AUGACAUCGUUCAGUCUGAAUAAUAAUAUCAUGGUAUCGCAGGAGCAAAUCGACCAUUGGAAUGCGGCUCUGGCCAAAAUGGGAUCGCCGCAGGAAAUCCUGGCAUGGUCGAUUGCUACUUUCCCACAUCUGUUCCAAACCACAGCUUUUGGGCUGACGGGGCUCGCUACCAUAGACAUGCUGUCAAAACUGCAAACUGACAGCAGCAGCAGCAUCACACCGCUCAUUUUCAUCGAUACCCUGCACCAUUUCCCACAAACGCUGUCUUUGCUUGAAAAAGUGGAAGACCGCUACUACAGGCCUCACGGCCAACAAAUCAACGUUUUCAAGCCCUUGGGACUCGAUUCAGAAACCGAGUUCGCCGCCAAACACGGCGAUUUCUUGUGGGAGCGUGAAGACACCCAGUACGACUACUUGGUCAAGGCUGAACCGGCUCAUCGUGCUUACAAAGAGUUGCAGGUCACCGCGAUUCUCACGGGACGCCGCAAAUCGCAAGGUGGCAGCCGGUCGACGCUGCGAUUCGUCGAGCUUGACGAACUCAACGGCGUCCUCAAGAUCAACCCGCUUGCCAACUGGGAUUUUCCACAGGUUAAGGCCUACAUCGAUGCCAAUCACGUGCCCUACAAUGAACUUUUGGAUUUGGGCUACAAGUCUGUUGGGGACUACCAUUCUACCGUGCCCGUUGCGGACGGAGAAGACGAACGCGCUGGAAGAUGGAAGGGUCAAGCCAAGACUGAAUGCGGGAUUCAUGAAACCAGCCGUUUUGCCCAAUUUAUGCACCAGAAAUCUGAGCCUCAGAACUGA